CACUGAAGGGCAUACUGUAAUGGGAACGACAACUUUAAUCGAACGGUUUAAAAGUCAUAUAGUAAAGCCCGGUAAAGGAAAAGCAUACUUAUUUUACUACACCAAUAUAUCUAUGUGGAAAGAAUACUUAUAAAUAAAACCCAACUGGGAGGUUAUUUAAAAUACCGUAAGUCUAACUUCUCCACUCGCUUGAGCUUUCACUAUAGAAACCCACUGUACUGUGUAUUUUCGAUUUUAACUCGUCUGACCUAUUUUGUGUCGGCGAAAAGCUUAUGCUGUUCUUCGCCUUUAUAUUAUUCUGUGUUGAAUUGAAGAAGACGAGCGAGUCGAGUAUCCAGCGGUGGACUGCUAACAACAGCUGCAGUACUAAAGAGAAAGAAAAAAAAGCAACAGAGAAAGGAGGUGCUGUAUUUGUAUCGGAGGGUUAAUAGUCCAGACCCAUCCAACAGGAGGACAGGAAUGACUGGGCUGAUGUGGUGAGAUGUGCUGUUUGUCAUGGCGAGGGGGCUGUUUUCAUGGGCCUGGCUAAGAAAGCCUUACUAUAUUCAGGCUCGUUUGUCAUAUAUGCGCAUGAAGUAUUUCUUCUUCAGCUGGCUGGCUGUGUUCAUUGGCAGCUGGGUGGUGUAUGUCCAGUAUUCCACCUACACAGAGCUCUGCCGAGGCCAGGACUGCAAGAACACAAUAUGUGAUAAAUACAGAAAGGGGGUGAUCGAUGGGUCAGCCUGCAGCAGCUUGUGUGACAAGGAAACCCUCUAUCUGGGGAAGUGCCUGUCAACUAGAUCCAAUAACCAGGUCUACAUGGGAAGUUGGGGAGAUUUAGAGGCAGUGAUAAAAUGCCAGAUGGAGGAAGCGGUUCGUUUCGAUUUGGGAGCAGAUACGGAGCCGAGAAAGGGAGCAGUGUUAUUUGACAAGCCAACCAAAGGGACCUCCGUUGAAAAAUUUAAAGAAAUGGUGUUCAGUCAUUUGAAGGGAAAGGUUGGUGAUCAGGCAAACCUGCUGGAUCUGGUUGGUCUAAUCAUCUCUGUGACAGACGGGAAUAAGGAUGGCCAUAUCUCUUUACCGGAAGCGAAAUCCACAUGGGCACUCCUGCAGCUAAACGAGUUUCUGCUGAUGAUAAUACUUCAGGAUAAAGAGCACACUCCCAAACUGCUGGGAUUCUGCGGGAACCUUUAUGUCAUGGAAAAAGUGCAGUAUACCUCUUUAUAUGGGAUCAGCAUUCCUUGGAUCAUGGAAUUGUUUGUUCCCUCUGGAGCGAGGCGGAGUAUGGACCAGUGGUUUACACCAUCCUGGCCUAGAAAGGCCAAGAUCUCCAUUGGGCUGCUGGAAUUCGUGGAAGACAUCUUCCACGGGACUUUUGGGAACUUCCUGAUGUGUGACACCAGUGCCAACAAUUUUGGCUACAAUGCCAAGCACGACCUUAAAAUGGUGGACAUGAGGAAAAUCGUUCCUGAAGUUAGUUUCAAAGACCUCAUCAGAGACCAUCACUGUGAGACUGAUGAAGACUGUGUCUAUGGUAUGGAUUGCAGGACCACCUGUGACCAAACUAAAAAGAAGUGCACCACAGAGGUGAUCCAGCCUAACCUGGCCAAGGCGUGUCAGUCCCUGAAAGACUACCUUCUGCGGGGGGCCCCUCCUGAGAUCAGAGAGGAGCUGGAGAAGCAGCUGUACUCCUGCAUCGCCCUCAAGGGAACUGCAGACCAGAUGGAAAUGGAACACUCCUUAAUACUGAACAACUUGAAAACGUUGCUGUGGAAAAAGAUUUCGCACACAAAAGACUCCUAAUGAAGAAACUGCGCUAAGAUUUUGUUUGUUUGUGUUUGUUUUCUUUGUGGGCCUUUUUAAGAACCUAACAAUGUGAUUAUUUUUUUCUUCUAGUACCAAUGCCUUUUUCCAGUCACAGGUGAGCCUUUUUUUGUGUUUGUGUACCGUGUACAUUAUAAAUGUGGUACUGUACAUUUUAAACUAUUUGACUAGUAUCUGUUAAUUACCAUAUACUGAGUAUUGAUUGUGCCAUAUACAAGGAGCUUGCUUCAAGAUGGUGAGAAUUUUUUUUUGUUUUAAAAGUGAAAACAAACUCACAAGCAAAAUAUUAGCAGUGGCUAAAGUCAUGUAAUAAUCUACUAUACCACAGUAUGCUGUUUACUACUUCUGAAGGAAGUUCAUAAAAUAAGUUACAGUAUUUUGAUGCUGCAGUUGCCUCAUUUGUUAAUCUUCAUGUGUAUACAAAUAUGUUGUACCUGUAAUGUUUUAAUAUUUUUAACCAAGAAACCACUAUUUAGUACAUGCUGUGGUUAUGGUCAUUGUUGCCGUUUCAGAAUGAAUUGCUAUGCUCAGAUCAUUCAGAUGUUUACUAAAAGUUGAGCAUGACAAAUUUGCACAUUAAAGAAUAACAAAAUUAACAUGUUUCUAUAAUUAAAGUAAUGCCUGAUCAAAGGUUUCUUAUUGAAGUGACCAAUUACACAUCAAAACUACUUCAUAAAUUCACAUGAGGAAUCUCCAAAAGUUAGUUGCAAUAAACAUUGUGUUUAUUUAAAAAAAAAAAAAAGUUGGUGUGCAAAUUUUGAUUACAAUAGGGAGUUUAUUGAAUUAUCUAGGGAUAAUUGUUUAAGUUUGCAGAAAACCACCACCGGUACAGACUGCUCUGGUUGCAGAGAGUCAUACACUUGUUUCCAUUUGAACAAUGCGUAGGGAGCUAUGGAUUGUAGGAUCCGAAGGCCAUUCUUACAUAUUUGGCCAGUCACUGAAAUAGUUAUUACCUGUAACAUUGAAAAAUUGCAGAGUUCUGAGCUGUAUCGACACAAACAAUGAUGCUCCAUUGUUUGGUGACAAACAAAUACACAACACGUCUACAAGAGAACACUUCAGCAGAAUGUGGUUACCUCAACUUGGGGAAAUUACACAAAGGUUCCAGAAGAGCCACGUGGGGAGUAAACCAUUUUAAAACAGGAUGUUCAGGAUUUGUCAAUUUGAUAAAAUUUCAGUAUAGAUCUAAUGUGUA